UGGUGGAGCAGCCCCUGUUCCUUUCCUCUCUCUCUCUUAAUUCCUCUUAACUAUACUCACGCUUUCUUCUCCUUCCCCUGGUCCGCUUCAUGGAUGCUGAGCUACCUGGCCAGAACCUACCCAGCUUCUUUGCUGUCAGAUUUGUGGGUCUUGCACCUCCUUCCACACGGGGGCCCAGAAGUUCUCCAUACGCGCUCUCACCACAGGUCUUGGAAUUCCAAGCCAUUUCCAAUUUCAGGUCUUGGAAAUGGCUGUGCAAUUUGUCUUCACUGUUAGGUUUCCAAGAUGGCAACUGUCAAGAGUGAACUUAUUAAGAAUUUCACGAAAGAGGAGGCCAUUCAUCACAAUAAGAUCUCCAUUGUAGGAAGUGGAUCGGUUGGUGUGGCCUGUGCUAUCAGCAUCUUAUUAAAAGGUUUGAGUGAUGAACUUGUCCUUGUGGAUGCUGAUGAAGGCAAACUGAAGGGUGAGACAAUGGAUCUUCAACAUGGCAGCCCUUUUAUGAAAAUGCCAAAUAUUGUCUCCAGCAAAGAUUACUUGGUCACUGCAAACUCCAAUCUAGUGAUUAUCACAGCAGGUGCACGCCAGAAAAAAGGAGAAACACGCCUUGAUUUAGUCCAGCGAAAUGUGUCCAUCUUUAAAUUAAUGAUUCCCAAUAUUACCCAAUAUAGCCCUCACUGCAAACUGCUUAUUGUUACUAAUCCAGUGGAUAUCUUAACUUAUGUAGCCUGGAAGUUGAGCGCAUUUCCCAAAAACCGUGUUAUUGGAAGUGGUUGUAAUCUGGACUCUGCUCGUUUUCGUUACUUUAUUGGGCAAAGGCUUGGCAUCCACUCUGAAAGCUGUCAUGGGCUGAUUCUUGGAGAGCAUGGCGACUCAAGUGUUCCUGUGUGGAGUGGUGUGAACAUUGCUGGUGUCCCUCUGAAGGAUCUGAACCCAGAUAUAGGAACUGAUAAAGAUCCUGAGCAGUGGGAAAAUGUCCACAAAAAAGUGAUUUCCAGUGGCUAUGAGAUGGUCAAAAUGAAAGGUUAUACUUCUUGGGGCAUUAGCCUAUCUGUAGCUGAUUUAACAGAAAGUAUUUUGAAGAAUCUCAGGAGAGUGCAUCCAGUUUCUACCCUAAGUAAGGGCCUCUAUGGAAUAAAUGAAGAAAUAUUCCUUAGUGUCCCAUGUAUCCUGGGAGAGAAUGGCAUCACAGACCUCAUAAAAGUAAAACUGACCCUUGAAGAGGAGGCCUGCUUGCAAAAGAGUGCAGAAACACUUUGGGAAAUUCAGAAAGAACUCAAGUUUUAAAGUUGCUUAAAGUUACCAUUCUAUAGAUUGAAGAUGAAAUAGUAGUUAUGGAAUUGUAUAUGUCAAACUUUAAAAUAAAUUUGUAUUUCUAAAAGUUGGAAAAAUAGAGGAAAGAGUGACCUAUUUAGUGUAGCCUUCCAGCUUUUUUUUUUUGGGUGGGUCUCAUUCUGUUACCCAAGCUGGAAUGCAGUGGCACCAUCACGGCUCACUGCAACCUUGACCUCCGGAACUCAGGUGGGUCUCCCACUUCAGCCUUCAGAGUAGGUGGGACCACAUGUGUGUGCCUCCAUGCCUGGCUAAUUUUUGUAUUUUUUUGUAGAGAUGGGAUUUUGAACUCCCAAAGUGCUGUGAUUACAGGGGCGAGCCACUGUGCUUGGCCUUAGCUUUGAUUUAGUAUCCAGAUGAUGGACGACACUUCUUUUUUUUUUUUCCCAAACAAAAGUGAUGGCAUCAAAGAUGUUUUUGGUAUCUUUUAGUACUUGCCUUGUAUGUAUACGUAACUGCCAUCUGGUCCAUGAGAAUGUGUAUGCUGUGUUAUAGAAAUCUUGAUUCUUUUCAUCAGGUGCAUAGUAAUUCUUCUCUAUGGCUUAAUACCUGUGUUUACAUGCUAUUUAAUAAAAGCUUUAAUUUCCUCUACAAUGUAAAAAUAAAUAUAUAUAUAUGCACACACAAAGUAAUCUAAAUGUUCCUAACAUUAGAUAAAACUUUGAUUUGACCUUGCUGGUUUUUCUUCUGGUAACGUUUAUGAGUGCAUUUUAAUUUUUACAGAAAAGGUCUUAAGCUGUAAACCCCUUGGUGACAACAGAUUAAAUUGGUCGUUCUUCUCUUGGGAGUAGAAUGGGCUGCCUAAUUAUUUUAAUAACAUCCCAAAUCAGAAUAUACUUUCCUUUAUAGCCUCAUGAGCCUUCUAGCACUCUCAUUUUGAUCAAGAACAUUCUAUUCUGGAUGAGCUCUGCAGGACAUACAGUAGCUACAUAGUUCAUUGGGUGGUCACAAACUUGGCUACAGAAUCACUCACCAUGAAGAUGAAACUUUAAAUGACAAAGCAGGGAGGCAAUGGUACACUGUAUC